CUCCCCUUCCCUCUCAGCUGCCUCCUCCUCCACCCGCUCCGUGCUGCGCGUGUCUUGUGUGUGUGUGUGUGUGUGUGUGUGUGUGUGUGUGUGCACACGCGUGCGUGUGUGCCUGUGUAUGUGUGUGUGAGCGGGCUCCCGAGUGUCCGCGGGCCAGUGAGGCGGAGGAGCAGGCAGCCCGGCCGCUGCCGCUGCGGCUGCCGCCUCCGCCCCAAGAGCUGCCCCUCUGGCGCAAUAUGCCUCCGCUGCCCUCUGGCUUUUCGCCAUGUCGAGGAUUUGCGGGAGCUUUCCCUUCACUCUGCUCCUAGGUUUGGCCGCGGUGCUGCUGAAAGGGCGGCUUGUCCCUGCAGCCUCGAGAGCCGAGCCCAGCCGCUCUGACCUGAGCCUGAUCCAGCAACAACAGCGGCAGCAGCAGCAGCAGCAGGAGCAACAGCAGCGGGAGGAAGAAGAGGAAGACAGGCCAGAGGUGCAGGGAGCAUCCUCUACACUAUCCAGUUCAGUAUCUCUGUUUUUACUGAAAGUCCAUGUGAAUGAUAUUAUCAGUCGUCAGUACUUACGCCAAGCAGUUGUAGAAGUGUAUGUGAAUUACACAAAGACAAAUUCUACUGUAACUGGAAACAAUGGAGCAGUGUUAAUAAAAGUUCCCUAUAAAUUAGGUGUCAGCUUGACUAUCACAGCUUACAAAGAUGGCUACCUGCUAACACCAUUACCUUGGAAGACCAGAAGAAUGCCAAUAUAUUCAUCAGUGACACUUUCACUGUUCCCUCAAAGUCAAGCUAAUAUAUGGCUAUUUGAAGAUACUGUUUUAGUUACUGGAAAAUCAUCUGAUGCCAAAUCUCAACCAAGUGUGCAGUUUCCAAAGGCUUUAAUUAAACUUCCCAGCAGCCAUCAUAUUAGUAAUGUCACGGGCUAUCUUACAGUGCUACAACAGUUUCUGAAAGUAGACAACUUUCUAUACACAACGGGAAUUCUUCUUAAUAAAUCAGGUUUUAAAAGCAUUGAAUUGACUCCUCUUGCUGCAAUAUGUGUGAAUAUAUAUUCUGGUGGAAAAGAGCUAAAUGUGGAUGGCUCCAUUCAAAUUACUCUUCCCCUUCUAGACACAAGCACUGCACAAGCAGGGGAUGCUCUACCUGCUUGGACAUUUGAUAUGAAAACUGGUGCUUGGGCAAAUCGAGGCUUGGGAAUGGUCAAGAAAUUUAAUGACCAGUUAGUAUGGACAUAUAUGGCCCCACAUUUAGGCUACUGGAUUGCAGCACCACUUCCUGGAACCAGAGGUUCACUUGUAAGUGAAGUCUCCAAGGAUAUCACUGCUUACCACACAAUAUUUCUGACAGCCAUAUUAGGAGGUACAGUCAUCAUUCUCAUUGGCUUUUUUGCUGUUCUUCUUUGUUAUUGCAGGGAUAAAUGUGGUGGAACACAAAAAAGGGAAAGAAAUGCCACUAGACUCGAGGUCCUUAAGAAGGACCAGACCACAUCAACAAGUCACAUAAACCAUAUAAGUUCAGUGAAGGGUUCAUUAAAAGCUGAGGACAGGUUACAGUUGUACCACUCUAAGAAUUCCCCAUACAGUCCUCGCAAAAAGGAUUCUACAAAGUCAGAACCUGAAGACAGAGUCUCCAUGGUGAAAACUCGGGACAGUUUUAAAAUCUACAAUGAAGAAGUUUCAUUUCUGUCAGCCAAUCAGAAGAGUCAUUCAAGAAACUCAAGCCAGUCAUUAGAGCACAAUGUUGCAUCCAGACAGACAGUGCAACCAAAACACAGUAAUAGCAACAUCUGUCCAUCUACAGGUGAUACUCAAGAACAAAACAGAUAUCUUUCAGUAAACGAAGAAAUGUAUGGGCUUUCUCAUAUACCUGAACAACUGAUGCAUAUCUACAGCCAGCCAAUUGCCAUCCUUCAAACAGCUGACCUUUUUCACUCUCCAGAACAGUUGCAUUCUGCUAAGUCAGCUACUUUGCCAAGAAAGGGACAGGUAGUUUAUGGCCAACUGAUGGAGCCAGUAAACCGAGAAAACUAUACCCAGACAUUACCCAAAAUGCCAAUACAUGCUCAUUUGCAGCCCCCUACCACAAGAGAGGAGAAAAUUACACCUGAAGUUCAACAAAGCUUACCGUCCCAAACUUCAGACUGGAGUCGGUAUUCUAACAGCUUAUUGGAAUCAGUCUCUGUUCCAGGAACACUGAAUGAAGCUGUUGUAAUGACUCCAUUUUCAUCUGAACUUCAAGGCAUUUCAGAGCAGACACUAUUAGAGCUGUCCAAAGGAAAGCCCUCACCACACCCCAGAGCCUGGUUUGUUUCUCUGGAUGGUAAGCCAAUUGCUCAAGUGAGGCAUUCCUUUAUAGAUCUGAAAAAGGGGAGAAGAACCCAAAGUAAUGACACCAGUCUGGACUCUGGAGUGGACAUGAAUGAGCAUCACCCCAAUAGGAAACUUGAGAGGGAGAAGACUUUCAUUAAAAGCAUGCAUCAACCUAAGAUCCUUUAUUUAGAAGAUUUAGAUCUCAGCAGCAGUGAAAGUGGAACCACUGUUUGUUCCCCUGAAGAUCCAGCUUUAAGGCACAUUCUAGACGGAGGGAGUGGGACAAUCAUGGAACAGCCUGUGGAAGAGUCACCAAGAAGAAAAAGCACAGCUGAAGAUUUGGAGGCCAAUAUGUCCCCUACUAAAAAAAGAGGCAGAAUCCCAUUGGCUAAAAAAGAUAGUAAAACUAAUAUCUGGAAAAAGAGAGAGGAAAGGCCACUCAUUCCUAUAAAUUAACCCAUUCAGAAGCUUACUCUCCCUUACAGCUCCUGAACUGUCUUAACUCUUGUAAAAUGGAAUGUGAAUUCUGUAAAGAACAGCUGAGGCUGUGCUAUUUCUUAGAAACAGGUAUAGUUCAAGGUAAGAACUGCAGCUAUGACUUCAAAGGAAUAACAGGUGUAAAAUGUACAAUAUUAAUUUGUUACUCAGAGAAAACCACUGAGGAAAGCUUUGUUGCCAAUCUGUUUUACUUUCUAAUUGUUUUCCUCUUUUGUUAGUGAUGAGUUUGAGGAAGUUCAAAUUACAAAAUAGCGUCAUUGUAUUUGUAUUGCAGGCAUUUUACUGAGGCUGACAAAUGUGUGCUCCUAAAGUGAUUCUCAAAAUGUUGCUCUUGCCUGGAAUGACUAUCUAUCCUUCUGCAGUCAUUGCUUUGUUGUGAAAUGCCCACAGUCUUAUCUCCUUGUUCUCUGCUUAUGCUUUGAAAUAACUUGCUAGAUGUUUUGGACUGAUAUUAUUUUAGAGUAUAAAAGUGAAAACAGGAUUUUCCUUUAGUGUGAUUAACAGCACGUAUAGUGUAUCACUCUUCAAAAUAAUCCCACCCCUAAUUCACCUAAGUUGGGCCAGUGGUUACUUGAUAGAAUUUGCUUAUAGAGGAAAAUGCCCUGUAUUCUGAUCAUUGAAAAUAAUAAUAAUAAUGAUUAUUGUUUCUCUUUUUCUCUUGAUGAGUGAAUGAGGUAAAUGUCCAGGAAUUUUCUUUUCACCCAACCCAAGCAGUUUCAAAUUUUCUUUUAGUAUGUUUAUUUCAUCAAUGCUAAAAUUAAUUUCUGAAAGAAUGUAUUAUUUAAGCUCCUUCAAAUUCAGCCAUUGUGAGGCUGUCAAGCUAUAGUCUCAAUCGAUGAAAAGCUUUUCAUGAACACCAGAAAUUUAACUUAAAAUUUCAUUUAAAAGAAGAAAAUAACCUUUUGAAAUAUCAUGGAAAAGCUAAUUUUCUCAGAGUGGUUAUUGUGUCUUGGCUAGCAGAAAAAUGAGGCAGUUUUCCAUAUAAUGUAAAAGUAUUUUCAAAAUACUAGUCAUCUUUUCAAAUAUUUUAGUUGACAUUCAUCAAAGAUGCUUAGAGAAAAAUAUGAAUUUCAUAAAAGUGGAGGAAUUUUCUUGAUUGUCAUCAAAUUUUCAUCAAAAAUGCAAAAUAUCCUUUUUUAAAAAUGAAUUUACCAUUUUAGAAGUAAUAUAUGCCUUUCAUUAUUUGAAAGGAUUUAUCCUUCAGUGUAAUAUAAUAGCUGUUUUAUAGCUAGCCCAAGCUAUUGUUUAAUUCAGUUAUCAACCAUCAUAAAAUUAGAUGAUCUGUAUUAAGUACCAUAAGCUGAGAUCUUUCUUUUUUCAUUCUCUGAGAAAAUAAAAUAUCUGGAAUGCCCUUUCCUCUAAGACAACAAAAUAACUAAAUUUCCUUUGUUAACUUCUUGGCUCAAAAUCAUACCAGUUAAUGUUAGAACAAAUAGAGAAAUGUUACCCAACAUUGAUUCAAUGGCUAAAAAAAAACUUUGGUCAGACUCAAAAGAGGGAGUUAAUUUUUUUUAAAGCAAUACUAAAGAAACAAAUGAAGGAUAACAGAAGUCUGAUGCCUUUAACUUUAAAUUUGAAUGGUCUAGACAGUCCAACAAAAUAAAAGAGUAUGGCUGAAUGGAUAAGAACCUUUAAUAAAACUAUAAAUUUAAAUGAAACAGGUAACAUUAGCUCAUGUCCCAGAAUGAUAUAUUUCCAGAUACAUCUCCCCUUGUGAAACAACUUUGUGGUAACAAUUUUUUUUUAUGAAUUUACCUGAAUGACUUAAAACUCUUGGCAGACAUUUGACAUCUGUUUUUUAUCAUAAAUAUUAAUUGUUCCAACAAAUUCAAGAGGUACUUGCCUUGGAUAAUCUUUAAGCUUAAUUUUUUGGAGUGGACUAAGAUAUACAGUUAGUGAAUGUUCAUCAUUUGUCACCCAUUUGGAAGAUGAUUGAAGUGGCUUAAAUGGUUAUGGUAAGGAUAAGGUCAAGGAAUUAAUACUAUGUUGAAGUGCCUUUAAUACAGAUAUAUUUUAUCAGAGAACAUAACAGAAUCUUAAAAGUGCACAUUUUUUUCUGUUAGCCAAAAUAUCAUCACUCAACUGGAAUUUUUUUCUUUCUUUUUUAUCUAAUUUAAAUUUUAAAAAGACAAAAUCUAGUGUUUCAUGUUGGAACAGUGAAUUUUCCAUGUAGGUAAUAUUUAACUCUCUUAUAUUCCCUGUGCUUAUUUUUUCUGAUCUAAUAAAUGUUGACAGAUUGUUCACUUUGGAAUGAAGUUAAAAAUUAUGCAGAAAAAAUAGCACCCUUUCAAUCAUUUGAGCAGAAUUAUUUUUCCUUUUUUCAGCCAAAAAGUCUAAUUUCCCAAUUUAGCAACAGAAUAUUGACUCAGCAUAUCAACAUAAAGCUGUCUGGGUGAACUCAGCUCAGGGCCUAAGUUUCUUGAAAGGCUCAUACCAGGCAGAAUGUCACUCAGAUUGUUCAUUUAUUUUUAAGAGUAAUGAGGAGAAUUGCCUCAAGGGCUUUUCUUGAAAGACUGUUUUGGAGAUGCAUUUGCAUUUUUUGUUUGUAACCCUGCACAUUCUGGUCUGGGUUUGAAUAUUGGCAAUUUAUUCUUCUAAAGAUCUUGGUGGUUUAUUCUUUUAAAAGAUCAAAACUUUGUAAUUUCUCAUUUGAGAGCAAUCAAAACUUUCCUGUUAAAAAACAAAACAAAAUAAUAAUAAAAAAAACCAAGCCUGAAGCCAUCUAUCCUUUCUUACUCCAGAUGACAAAAAGCCAGUCCCACAUAUGAUACUUAUAACUUUCUUAAAUUUUUAAAUGGAAAAUCUCCAGGGAUUUUUGCAAAUGUAAAACUAAUUAAUUUUGGUCACAAAUUAUUAAUGUUUAUGGAACCUUUGUAUAUACUUCGGAUAUAUCUUUAAAAAGUAAACUAUCCCUCAAUUAACUGAUGGAUUCAUUUAAUAAGCACAGUAAUAUGUAUUGUUUUGAUACAUAUUAUGAUCUUGAGCCUUUAUAAAGUAUAUUUUUUACAAGAUUUUUGAAGUUGAAUGGGGGAUUAGGCCCUUUUGAAAUGCAUAAUAAAGCAUGAAGCUCACCAAAUUCUCAGAAAAAAACAAAACAGUAUCUUUCUUUGGCAGUCAUUUCCAAAUCAUUGUGUGUGAUAAAACCCUCUUACAGGCUCAUUAUUAUGUAGAUUGGGACAUGCCAUGGGUCAAAUAAUGUUCCCUAAAUCAUAAUUUUAUCAUUUACUAAAAGCCUGAUAUAACAUGGUUUGGUUUACAGUUAUCUCUGUUCAUCCACACCAGUGUUAUAAAAAAGGUUUCACUGUCCUUCCAUUUCAGACCUAGUAUUGAUGUGAUGCAUCCUACUUUCUAAGUGUUUCUAUCUUUUGUAUUUUUAUCAGAGGUGUCUUUUCACAUUUCAGUGUAUUUAUUAUAAAUAAUAUGGUAUUGUGAAAUGAUAACUGAAGAUUUGUACAAUGUCAAGCAGUUCAUUAAAAGACAAUAAAAUAACAUGAAAAUA